GUUCAUGGUUCCGAGAGCUUUUUCUGGAGACCGGAUGUCUGUGCCAAGCAGCAUUAUUUUGCGGAGUCCUAUGUCUGGUCUAUUCGUGUUUCUUCGAUGUCCGCCAUUCUGAGAGAACGACUGCGCAAGAGUGAGCUGCAACGAAAUAUAAAGGUGAUAAGUUGUCUUUUGUACCUUGUGAGGUUCGCCUUCAGAAAUCGUCUACGAUGAAGAUCGUAGACGAGGAUGUAAGCAGCAGCAGUAUGCGCUUUUCAAUGGAGAAGAGACACUAGGAGAAAGAAGCGUACCAGGUACGCGGAGCUUCUGAAGGCAAACCAGAUCAAUGUCGAUGAUCCAGCUGGAGAGAAUGACACAAAGGCGCGUUCUGGCCUUCGAGAUGGGGGCCAGACGUGGCUCAAGAAGGUGGUACUUCUAAUGAAUCUGCAUCGAGGCUCGGUCACAGAGGACGACGUUGCCGGCCUUCUGCCAGUCUCGAUGCAGCAGACCGCCACUGCCAGAACAUUCCUCCAGAAUGUCGACUUCGUUCUCAAAGCGAAGACCGAAAUGCUGGGCGGCAUUGUCAAGAAGUUCGCAGCUUCUAUGGUUAUCUGGUUGCUGUCCACGCCAGACUUCAUUACUACGAAUGAGGACGGCAGUCCCAGAUGGCCCUUCUCCACGCCUACUGAACGACUAGCUUUCAUCAAUGCCAUGAUGAGGAAGUAUGUCAUUCUCAUGCCAGCUUUUUUAUACAAGGUCUCGCCCGGCCUAGAUCUACAAUGGGUCUACGGCAUGGAUUCAAAAGCAACCCCUGAGGAGAUCAUACUCCGCAAUAAUAUGAAAAAGGAGAUGCGAGUACGGAUAUGUCAGUGGCUCCAGGCUACGUUCCAGGGUCUCCUGAAGGUGAACACAAGUCUUCGGAAGGACGCAGCCGCGUCCCUUCAAUAUUCGAAAUGGCUUCGUGCUCAACUGCCCGCCUGUUCGAACAACCAAGACACUGGGACUGUCGAUUUAGAUGACUGGGUCGUUCGCUUAGACGUGCCGAAAAUCGCCAAACAAGGACCGUGGUGCCAUUUCCAAAUCGACGCUGAUCUACCCUCCUCUCCAUCGUUGCUCGGCACUCAUUCUCCACAGCAUCCACUGUCAGAUAUGUGACCUAGAGGCGCUAAGAAGGACAGACAAUUUGAGGGAGUAGGGCUGAUCGAACAUGUAAAUGCUACUAUUA